GUGCACCCUUAAACGGUGUCGCAGGGAAUGGUCUUAUCUGGUUAAGGACCGACUCUUCACUUGGGAGGAAGUGACGAUCGAAAUCUGGUAAGAGGCUGUAAUCAAUCAACCAAAGCAACGAUGUCGUGGUUUACAAGGACAAUCGCAAACUCACUCAAACUCGACGACGACGACAAUGGCGGUGACCUAAAAUCCCCUCCGAAGAAACCCGAUUCGGAACCCGUUCAACCCGAUUCCGCAUCCACCCCCAAUCCCACCACGCGCGGCGUCAAAGAGGAUUUUUCCGAGCUCACCAAAUCCUUUUCCCGCCAGCUCUGGGGAGUCGCCUCCUUCCUCGCCCCGCCGCCCGAUCCCCAAUCCGAAAAGCCCGUCGCCGAUUCCAAUCCCAAUCCCACUGACGACGACGAAGAGGAAGAUAUCAUCGCAGGAAUCCGAAACGAUUUCGCGGAGAUUAGUGGCAAGUUCAAGAGCGGGAUCUCCAAAAUUUCUGGUAAUAAGACGGUAUCCGAAUUCACUAAGAUAGCUUCGAGUUUCCUUCAGCUUGGAUCCGAGGAGGAAUACGAUCUCGAAGGUGUCCUCGGAGUUACCGAGGAUGUGGUUGCCUUCGCCAGAAGCGUAGCUUUGCAUCCAGAAACUUGGCUCGAUUUUCCCCUUCCCGAUGAUGAGGAUUCUGAUGAUUUUGAUUUGUCCGAUGCACAACAAGAACAUGCUCUAGCUGUUGAACACCUGGCACCAAGCUUAGCUGCUCUUAGAAUGGAGCUGUGCCCCGGAUACAUGAGUGAUGGUAACUUUUGGAAGAUAUACUUUGUUCUCGUGCACCCUAGACUUAGCAAAACUGAUGCUGCUAUUUUAUCCACUCCACAAAUAAUGGAAGCUAGAGCAAUGUUAACUCUGGCUUUAGACAAAAGAAGUAAGGAAAAGAAAGAAUCUGACUUAUCUGCAGGAGGGAAUGUUCCCUCAAAAGAGGAGGAACAGCAUCUCUUUGUGCCAAGCACUGUUCAACUUGAAUCAGCACCUCUCCAGACAUCUGCUGCUGAAGCUGCCCCAUCUGUGGUUGUUUCUAAUGUUGAGAUGGAGAAACAUGCCACUCAAAGUAUUGUUCCAGAGGUUAUUGACAAGUCUGUGGUUAAAGAAGCAACGGUAAAUCCAUCUGCAGAACAAUCAUCAUCUGGUUCAACCAAUAGAUUUUUGGAUGAAUCCUAUGAGGAUGAUGCUGAUGAUUGGUUGAAAGAAGAGGAUACUUCUGAAAUGGUUGGUCCCAGUGGAACUCCUGUUCACACUGGUAAUGACGAGGAUGUAUCAUUCAGUGAUCUUGAGGAGGAUGAUGGUGAUGUACAUGAAAGUUAUAAAAAAACUAGAUCAGGCUCUGAUUCUUCAACAAAAGACUCUCGAGAUUGGGUUCAGUUAGGUAGAAGUUCACCUAACUCUGAUAAGGAUUUAAACUGUGUAGAAGGCAAACAUGUUGGCUCUGAGCAUUCAAGUGCUCGUAAUUCUAUGACCAAGGAUUCCAAUGAUUGGCUUAAUGUUGAUGACAUUGAUGUAAUAUGACUAUGCCUUGGAAUAUGUCCCAGAGGUAAGUUUUUUUUUAUUUUUAAAUAUGAUUCUCUUAUAUUUUGUGAAUAUCUGCAUAUAGUUGUGUACUCUACGAUUGACAUUCUGAAGAAUGCGUUUCUGUAAAUAAAACCAGUCUCCACUGGGCAUUGUGCUAUGUAUGGUUAUUUAUUGCACCGUACAUAAACUAAAUCUUCUAUUUGAUAUCUGAAUUCCAAGUUAUUUGAGGUUA